AUGUUCAACAAGCUCACUCUCCUUGCUGUCACCCUCCUGGUGACCCUCCAGUCCGUUGCUGCCUUCAACGUGAUCGUCCCUGCUGGAGAGCGCCGUUGCUUCUUCGAGACCCUCGAGAAGAACGACAACAUCCACCUUACCUUCCAGGUCGGCGAGGGUGGCCACCUCGACGUUGACUUUUGGAUCACCGACCCCAACGAGACCUUGGUUGACGAUGCCACCAAGGGCGCUUCGGGCACCUUCCAUCACGAGGCCAAGAUCAACGGAAAGUACGAGUACUGCUUCAGCAACGCCUUCUCGACCGUUACCGACAAGACCGUUGGCUUCAAUGUCUUUAUCGCCAAGCCCUACAAGCCCGAUCCCACACACAAGGCUGAUCCUUUGGAGGCCGACAUUCGCGAGUUGGCUGCAGGAAUUCAGGAGAUCAGGAACGAGCAGGAGUACACCUUGGCCCGUGAGAGAACUCACCGCAACACUGCUGAGAGCACCAACUCGCGUGUGGUAUGGUGGUCGCUGUUCCAGUCUGGCAUUCUUUUCCUUGUCUGUGUCUUCCAGAUCACAUACCUCAAGCGCUUCUUUGAGGUCAAGCGCGUCGUCUAA